AUGGCGUUCGCCAAUGAGAAGCAUGCCAGUACGGCCAGCGAUGUCGAGAGACCCUAUAGUUCCUCCACCAUGGAGGGAGAGGAGAUCAAACGAGAUCUUAAAUCAAGGCAUAUCAACAUGAUUGCCAUCGCAGGCAUGAUUGGAACGGGUCUGUUUUUGAGCUCUGGUCAGGUCAUUGCCAUUGCUGGCCCGGCAGGUGCUUUCUUGGCAUACAUUGUCAUGGGCUUUGUGACUGGUGGUAUCUCUUACACCACUGGAGAGAUUUCGUCCUUCAUGCCUUGCAGCGGGGGCUUCGUUCGCCAUGCCACACGAUUCGUUGAGCCUGCGCUCGGCGCGGCUACUGGUUGGAACUUUUGGUAUACUAUGGCUAUCUCGGCACCAACGGAGAUCACUGCUGCUGCGACCAUCGUCCAAUUUUGGAAUGCAUCCAUUAGUCCUGCUGUUUGGAUCACCGUCUUUGGUGUGUUUAUCACUGCCCUCAACUUUUGCAACGUCAAGCUAUAUGGAGAGUCGGAGGUUAUAUUUGCUUCCCUCAAGAUCAUGCUGAUCAUUGGUCUCAUCAUCGGUGGCAUCGUUAUUGACCUGGGUGGCACCCCGGGACAAGAGCGUCUUGGCUUCCACUACUGGAAGGACCCAGGCGCGUUUAACGAGUUCAUUGACACAGGCUCCGCCGGAAGGUUCCUAGCCUUUUGGAAAGUCCUGUUGACCUCGGCUUUCAGUUUCGGUAACAUCCAGGUAGUGGCCAUUGCAGGCGCGGAGACUCAGAAUCCACGGAAGAUUAUCCCUGAUGCGACAAGAAAGACAUUCAUUCGAAUUUUCUUCUUCUACGUUGUUAGCAUUUUCAUCGUUGGACUCAUUGUCCCAUCUAACGAUAAGGACCUCACUAUCUCAACUGGCACAGCUACACAAUCACCAUUCGUCAUUGCAUUCGUGCGGUCCGGCGUUUCUGUGGUCCCGCAUAUCAUCAACGCGGUGGUAUGCACUUCAGCUAUCAGUGGAAGUUCUAGCUGUAUCUUCAUUGCAUCUCGCACUCUAUAUGGCCUGAGCCAGGACGGACAUGCACCCAAGUUCUUCCAACGAUGCAACCGGUUCGGAACUCCAUACUAUGCCGUCGGUCUCACGGUUCUCCUAUUACCACUGAUGUACAUGAGUCUGGGGAGCAGCGCGGCCACCGUCUUCUCCUGGUUCGUCAACAUUACGACUGUCGCCGGUCUGAUCGGCUGGAUCGUUAUCGGUGGCACUUAUCUACGUUUCUUUGCGUGUCUAAAGAAGCAGGGCUUUUCGAGAGACGAGCUCCCCUAUCGUACACCCUUCCAGCCAUAUACUGCGUGGGUGACUACGUUCAUGGUUGUUAUGAUCGUCCUAACUUCCGGGUUUGAUGUUUUCACCAAGAACAACUUCACGGCAUCCGGCUUCUUGACCUCGUAUUUGAACAUCGCUAUCUUCGCUGGACUCUACAUCUUCUUCAAGAUUUUCCUUAAAUCUAAAGUUGUCCCAUUGGACGAGAUCGACAUCCGGGGCGAAUUCGAAGAAAUCGAGAAGGAGAAAGCCCAAGGUCUCUAUCUCACCAAGGAUCAACUUGACUGGUCAUGGUGGAGACGUACACUUCACUGGAUCUAA